UCGUACAAAUAUAUGACUAUAUAUAUCGUCCACAGCAUGUUUCUCACGGUCGUAUGUGUACUAAAUGUGAUACAAUUAGUCCGAGGUCAGACCAUCAUACCUAUGUAUGUCCAGAGUGACGCCUCUGUCACACUGACAUGUCCGGCUGAUGACCAGGCCACCACACUGACCUGGACCGGACCUGGGAGUAACCUAUACGUUACCGGUACUAUAGUGGAGGCUGGUCUAGAUAAUGGUGUUAAAUCACGGAUAUCUGUCGGUCACUCGGGAGGGAGUUACACACUGACGUUUACAGAGUUCCGGGCCUGGGACACAGGGAUAUAUACAUGUCAAGUGGACGGGACAGUGGGUCUACAGAUGGUCAUUGUACAAGGUGGGAGAUCAGCUUCCUCGGUGUAUGUCAGACGAGGUGGAGCAAUAACACUUAAUUGUCCAAAUACAGAUGGUACAGCGCAAUGGUCAGUUACAUCUCCUUCUGUCUUCAUUUACACUAUCGGAACAGACAUCAAUCCGUCAAUAUCUAAUUCUUUAAGAACCAGACUGACUGUUGAUAUACAUAACGGGACAUAUAGCCUUGGAAUCAGUGAUGUACAGCUGUCAGAUGUCUGGGAGUACCAAUGUACCAUCGGAGUCACAGACACAUUCUAUCAUCUACUACUGUACAUUCCACCAGUAUUUCCUGAAAUAGAGAACACAUUUGCCGUAAACGGUCAGAACAGGACAAGAGUGACAGAGGAUGGAAGUCUUACUUUGUCAUGUAACGCACGUGGCGGAUUCCCGGUGGCAAACGUGUCGUGGAUAAAAAAUAAUGUCUAUCUUGCUAUAAAUGACAGCAUAGCCAAGUACACAAAAGUGGUUACUCGAGCAGACGACAGGACAAUGUACAGAUGUCAGUCUAGUAGUCCAGCCCUGACAAGUCCCCAGACUACCAGUGUGUUGGUAUACCUAGAUUUAAAACCGGGAGAGCCAGAAAUCCCUGAACAGGUUUCCCAGAUAGAAAACAACAACCUACAGGUAGUUUGUACUUCAACUGGAAGUAGACCACCCGCCAACAUACAGUGGAAUAUUGGGCGUAAAUGGCUAUCCUCCAAUUCUACUGAUGUCAUGGAACCUGACAGCUCAACAGAAACGUAUACUGUGACGUCGACAUUAUCCCUCCUUGUAACACGUCACAACAAUGGGGAAUCUGUGUACUGUAGAGCCAGUAACCGGGCCUUGCCUGCGGGGAUCGAGUCAGUUACCCGCACUUUAACAGUAUUGUACCGCGCUGACAUCAACGUUAGCGGUAAAAACACAACAUACACGUCAUCCAAGAGACUACUGACUUGCGCACCUGAUGGUAAUCCAAACAUUUACAAAUUCGGUAGAUGGAAACAUACAGCGGAGGACGGUUCAGAGAUACGUCAGUUGACCGGAAGUUCAAAUUCCACACACUCGGUCCUGACCCUGCCCGACCCCGGCGUACCACGACGAUAUGAGGAUACCGGUUACUACAUAUGCAUAGCCACUAACAAUGUCCCAGACUCGUCCUCCUCCACGUCUGGCUCUGUCUUCUUCGUCGUUGAAGCUCCUCCUUUGGUAAUAACCAACGCAACAGUGAUCAAUGAACAGUUAGGGAACAACGCCACUAUUGAGGUAGAGUUUUACAGUAGACCAACAGUACAUCUUAAUGACAUCAAGUGGACUAGAAAUCCUAGCGGAUUACCUCCCCCUGUUAGAGCUCUAACGUCUAUAGUAGACAGAUCACUCUUGGUGGCUUUCCAUGGCGUAGACGUUCACGUCAAAGGCUAUGUGACUAUACUGAGAAUAAGUAUCCUAACAGAACUGGACUUUGGUGACUACACUGUGACAAUAAACAACAGCAUUGGGGUGACAAACCACACAGUGAAACUAUUAAAAGCAGGGCCUCCACCACCACCUCUCUACCUACUACAGAAACAAACAUCUGUUAGUAGUGUCACGGUGCAAUGGAUUCCAGCUUCAGAUGAUUAUCAGACACAGACCUUUGUGAUUGGCUAUAGAUCUGACGUUACCCAUGACUACACUGACUCUGACGUCAUUCCAGAUACACGGAAAUCAGUUGUGUCGUACACUAUAGAUGGAUUGACAGCGUCCUCCAUAUACUUUAUCCGAAUUUACGCGAAAAAUGAUAUCGGAUUGAGUAAUCAUAGAUAUAUCAACAUUUCAACAAACGCCGGUGACGACUGCUAUGAGGAUUUACAUUCCACCAGAACUGCACUGAUUUGCGUGUCCAUAAUCUGCGGUGCUGGGAUAGUAGUGGGGGUUGUUUUCGUCAUACUUAUAAAGAGACGGACAUCUUCAGGAUGCUGCUGUAGUAGUAAGACCUAUGGUUCACAUCAGAAGCAAGAAAUGACACAGAAAGCCGUUCAGAGAGACAACAGAGAGCCUGACUCUGUAGAGGAAAGCAAAUCCCAUUACCAAGAUCUUGAUCCAAGUGAAAUUCAACACCAUUCUCCUUAUGCAAGCCUCUCAGAAGGUGACAUGGAUACAAGUUUGGAAAAUGAAAGGAACAACUACGAAACGCUCAAGGAAGGUUCUGCAAAACAAGUAUACGACGAACUUAAGGUAGAUGAUGGUUCCAAGCAGUAUGCGAAUACUUGACCGAAUAUACGCGAUGAGAUCAACCAAAAGCAGCUCAGGAUGAAGAAACACAAUUUGUGUCCAAAUGGAAAAGUUCAACAUUGCAAAAAUAUCAAUUGAACCCAAAAGCAUCAGCAGGCCGGUAUAAAUCAUGUAUGGUGAUUAUUUUGAUAUUACAAAACUGACAAUGGUUAAGAACAUAAUAUCAAUAUCAACAAUGCAUGUGUGUUUUGUACAGAGCUAUAGACCAUUAAGUGAGGGAGAACAGUACUGUGUCAUUCCAGUCUUGCUCAAAGAAAGACUUUAACUUGAUUAAUAUUUUGAAUAGAUUAUCUUCAGGCUGGUACCGUAGGCCUCAACAAGGUGCUGAAAUGUAGUAUAUAUUGACGCAUUGUUGGCUUAUUCUAUUCUAUUCGAUAAACACAUACAUUGCCUAUAUUGAAAAGAACAUGAAAAUUGAUUAUUUUUGGCCACUCAAAAUAAACAAAAAAACAAAAUCAACAAAGAACCAAGUUCAAAAUGUGAAUUAUAUUAUAUAUGUAUAUUAUAUAUGUAUAUUAUAUAUUAUAUUAUAUAAUUAUGUGAAAUAGUGAACAAACAUAAGCCGCAAUUUCCAAAUGUACUGUGAGAUGUCAUAGUGGCCAUCAAUCCCGAAAAAAAAUAAGUUAUCACAUUUAACAAUGCAUUUAUAUAACACUGUCUAAAAACAAAUUAAAUGAAAAACGAGACGACCACUUCCAAUAUUAAAAAAGAUUGCAAUUAAAAAUGUCUGUGAUAAGAUAAUGUAUAGCUGUGUUAUCAUUUUUAUACGUAAAACAAACAUAUACACGUGAGUAUAUUGUGUUAAUUCGAUUCUCUGAAUUAAAUAAAUGCUAUAAUUUGA